AUGAUGAUUUAUGGUGGAACGGGUGGAAGAGGAGGUGCUUCUUCCUCGUUGAUUUCUGCGAGUACUUCGCCUACUACUACAACAACCACAUCAACAGCCUCGGCAUCAACAACAGCAUCCAUGAUGGGGUCUACUGCUGCCCUGAUGAUGAUUCCGAAUAUUUCAUCAUCAUCAUCGGAAAAUUACAAUCCUUCAACCACUACCAUCCUUUCGAAACAACCAAUACAACAAACCUCCGAAAAUUCUUCCUUGAACGAAUCACUGCCGUAUGGAGCAUCCAUCCAACAAAACAAUGUCACGAACAAAGUAUUGACAAGCACAUCUUCAUCCUCAACAGAGGAUACAAAAGAAACAUCCAAAGAACAACAAGUUUCCUCUAUCUAUAAUAUUGGAUAUCAAUUCAUUACAGUUUUGGGAGUUGCUUUGGAAAAUAUGUGGUACUUUAUUGUUUGGAUUUGGAGCUAUUUACAGUGUGCAGUUUUAGGUGUUAGCACACAGAAGAAUAGAGAACGUUCUAAAAGUGGCACACAAUCUAGGACGACUUUAUCAUCUUCUCUCUCCCAGGUCACAACCAAACACCAACAACGAGAUUCUCUUCCACACAAACAAAGCACUACCAACUCAUCUUCGCCGUCUACUGAAUUGUCAAUGUCGACAUCUUCGUCUACCUCCCAAUCCUCUCCUUUCGAAUUUCUUUCUCUUCUCUCUGGCCGAACAAGUAGAUCAAACUCGAGUGCCUGCAACCCUUCACUUCCCAAACCUUAUUUAAUUCUUGACUUGGAUGAGACACUCAUUCAUGCCAGUACCACCCCUCCAAGACCAGACCAUGAGAGGCUUUAUAAUUAUGUCCUGGAAGUAUUGAUUGACCAGGUAAAUUGUACAUUUUACGUUUCGGAAAGACCUCAUUUGAAGCUCUUCAUGGAAAAAGUCUGUGAAUGGUACAAUGUUGUGAUAUUUACUGCAAGUGUGAAAAGUUAUGCCAAUCCCGUUAUUGAUAGACUCUAUCAUUCGGAUAAAAUUGUUGACCGGCUCUUCCGAUCGUCGUGUUACGUAACAGAACAUGGAGUUUAUAUCAAGGAUCUUAAAACUGUCACGGAUAAUCUCGCUAAAUGUAUGAUUGUUGACAACAGCCCUAUAUCCUACAUGUGGUAUCAAGAAAAUGCAAUACCAAUAUCGAAUUGGAUGGGCGAGAAUGAACAUGAUAGAGCAUUGCUUAACUUGCUUCCUUUAUUGGAAGCAUUGAGACAUUUGGAGGACGUUAGAAACGUUCUCAAAUUUAGGGUUGACUUGUAA